AUGGCUCACUCAACAGUCAACAUAGCGAAGAUUGAAGGUGGUCCUGCCUACAGACAGUUCGUGCGCAAAGCGGGCGAGUCCACUCUCAAAUCAGGAGACAACAUUGCUUCUCCCUCUUCUUCCUCGCCUUCUUCUUUUUCAACUUCAUCUGAGGAGUGCCGGACGGCUGGAGGCCCGCAUUUAUGGUCCCAAUUGCGCAUCCGCGGAUUUCGUGACGUCCUCCCUCCCUGGUUGGGUGGUCACCCUCACCCACAUACCACAACUCAGUCCCUGGCCCGCAUGCUCAGGUCUCUCAAGACAGCUACGGAAUCCUACCUAGUCGAUGCUGGCUUUGUGGCAGGACUUUCAACUGCUAAUAUCAUUAUCCCAUUCACACUGUCAUCUACAUACAAAGAUGUCAUCCGCACAGCUGCAACGUCUGUUUAUUUAAAAGCGCCACUAUCUGGGGGUCCUCCUGCUGGUCUCUUUGCUGUUCUGGCCCAGGAUUGCUGGGAGCGAAAUGCAGGUCUUCGUGCCUUAUCCUGCUGGUGUUUUUGCUGCGACCAGUGA